AUGGUUGCUGCGUAUGAACCAUACAGCUUGCCACCACUCCCGUCAUAUUCACCAUCUCCAAAGGUAGAAUACAACACUCCCCCCCUACCAUAUAUCCACAGUUCUUCACCACCACCAUACUACUCUCCAUCACCAAAGGUUGACUACAAAUCACCUCCUCCACCAUAUGUCUACAGUUCCCCACCACCUCCUUACUAUUCCCCAUCACCUAAAGUUGACUACAAAUCUUCUCCACCACCAUAUGUCUACAGUUCUCCACCACCACCACCAUAUUACUCACCAUCUCCUAAAGUCGAGUACAAGUCUCCCCCACCACCAUAUGUAUACAGUUCUCCCCCACCACCUCCGUACUACUCUCCAUCACCAAAGAUAUGCAUGGUGAGGUAUCAGAGCUUUGGAAAGACACAUCGCAUAAUGUGUAAGACAAGCCAGGUUCUUGAAGUUCCAUUUCAUAAUUAUCCCCAGACUCCUGAAUCCUCCCUUGCAUGA